AUGAAAACUCUCGGUUGGGGAUGGCUGCUGCGCGCUCUGGCGACUGCAGUGGCGACUCGCCCCCGCCUCCGCUGGUUGACGCCCCCGCCGCCUCUCCGGGCUCCGGCGUCCGUGCUUCCUUCCGCCUCGCCGACACCUAGCGACGUGCUCGUCCCUCCCCUCCCUUCGCCCGUCCCGGCCCCGGCCCCCGCCCCCGUGUGCGCUGGGCCGAUCUUGCCGACGAGGAGCCGCUGUCUCCCUCGGCGGGCCGCCCCUCUCCCCUGUCCGCCGCUCCGGCGAGCCCAGCCGGGCCGGUGGCUCAGCCCCCCAUGUGAGGGGUUCGGUCGCCGGCUCGCGGCCGCCGCGGGCGCCGACGCCGCCCUCGAGUUCGACUCGGGCGGGUGGGAUUCAAGGCUCGACCUUGCGCGCGGGAGGGGUUCGUCGCCGCCGGCCGCGGUCUUGGGGGGGGGGGUGGUUGGCCGCUCCGACCAGGGUCGUGCGCGCUCGUCGUGGCGCCGUUCGGUCCCUGGUGGCGUCUAUCUGGCUCCCCGGUGGCCUCCCUUCCGCCUCAGUUCCUCCCACCGCCGCCACCCCCGACCCUGCCUGCUCCACCCUCCCUCCCCGACCCGUCGCCUCCUCCGUCCGGCCUCCCGCGGCGUCCGCCUCUCCCCCGCCCUCCGCCUCUCCCCCGCACUCCCCUCUCAUCUCGCCGCACCCGUCUAUGACGCGCGAGUGGGACGACGGGGCGUCCCGCCCCAAACGGCGCUCGGUCGACCGGCCGGCUCGCCCUCCCCCGAUGCCUUGUGCCGGGAGGAGGAGCUCCGGCGGGAGCUGCGCGAGCUCCGUGACGGCCGCCGUGAUGAGCGUCGCUCCCCGGCCCGCCACGACUCCCAAGGCCGGUCCCGCUCCACCCGCCCGACGGCUUUUGGGGACUGGCGCUCACGGAGGCGCUCGCCGUCUCCGGCCCCGCGUCGCGACCGCAACCCCUCCUCGGCUCGGGCUCCGCGCCCCCCGUCUCCUCGCUCCCAGGCCCCUCCGCCGGUCCCCGCUGCUAAGAAGUAUGUGCCACCCCACGCCUCCGGCUCCUCGGCUCCCUCCGCGGCUGCCGCCCCGGGCGGCGGCCCCUCCCGCGGCCGCCAAGGCCCCGCCAAGAAGAAGAAGCGCCGCGGUCAGGGCCGAGGCAACCCGGCCCCCUCCCCCCUCCGGUUCCGGGCUCCUCCUCCGUUCUGGACACCGUCUCCAACCGUCCUCGCCCCCCUUGCUUCAAUUGCGGGGUGGCGGGCCACUCGCAAGUCAACUGCGUCAACCCUCCGUGCUGCUACCUCUGCAAGGAUCCUGGGCAUCCCGUCCUUCUGUGCCCGGACCGUCCGGUGA